UCUCUCCUUUGCCUGGGUGAUGUCUACUCUCACUUCCCCUCUCACUCAUGUCCUUCCGCAUCAAUGAAAUCCUGAUCUCCGCCAGUCGAAUCUCUGUUGGCUGUUUCUUUCUCCAGACUCUUCCCUUUUUCAGAAAUGCUGUGGAGAUCCAGACAUGGACAGGGAGGCUAAUCUGCCGGUCCCACCGCGACUCGCACCCAAAAAUCUGCUCCGUCCGAUUGUUAUAAAUUCGGACACCACGUCAUCUUCGUCCUCUUCAUUCUCUUCACCCUCCUCGCCGCCAGACCUACUCCGGCAUGUUCAAGCCGCCUUCAAGCGACACCGUCCUCUAGGUACAAUGCAGUCAAACAGUAUAAUGCCCAAGCGUAGUUUAGUUCCUAAACGUGAAGCAUCAAGGAACUUGGGUUCAAAUGCAGGUCCUUGUGUAGACACAAAGAAAAAUCAAGAUGUGCUUCGAAUCAGCCAGGAUCAUGCAGAGAAGGAUACAAUUGUGAAGACAAAGAACGCUACAGGAGCACCUGUUGUUGGGGAAGCUCAAGAAAAUGCAUCUAUUACACCACCCUCGAUUUCAGGCACUAUCACCAAUACAUUUGAUGACAAUUUUAACCCAUUUGAUGUGCAGAGAGAUUGCUCUAAAGCUGUUACUGGUUGUAAAGAAAUUAAUCCAUCCCAUUUAGAGUUUCAACACGAUGAAGGUCAGAGAAAAGUUCAGUUUUCACUUCGAAGCAAUACCAGUUGUCAGGGGGCCAAUGACCGAAUGGCCACUAGAAUGGAGAACUUAUCAUCUCAUAUGAAUUCCCUUGCAUUGACAGAAAUGGAAUGGGAUAGAAGCAAUGAAGUAGAAGCCUCUACAGUUGUGAAUAAUGAUUCCAAGUACCAGCAUUUUCGAAAUACAGAAUCUGAUAUAAGUUUGAAGCCUGAUGGUGAAAUUUCUUCUUCAUUGGCAAGGACAAAAACAGUUGUCCAGGAUCAGCUGCACCAGUUUGGAAACUUCGUAAGUCAGCCUGCUGUUCAAUUUUCUGUUGUAGGCUCAUCAUGUGCAACCUCAACAUCUAUACAUUCUACUUCAGCACCUUUGCUGAAUUCAACAACCUAUUCUCGUUAUCAAGAUGGCAGUGCUCAUGAUGCUGUAGAACCUCGAGGGGGUUGCAAUAUGAAUCCAGAGCCUGUAAAUCAAGGAGAUAUGAUGCAUGCUUCAUGUCCGUCACUUAAGGAUACCGAUAGAGUUCAAGUUGAUCAGAGAGCAACCAGAGAUCAAGUUUCUACCUCUGUUAUUGACACCCGAGUUGAAGUUCAGGAACAUGAAUUGUCAAAGGAGCAACAAGGCAGUCUGAUUAAGGAGAGUUGUAUAAUGAAGGAUCUUCCCCUGCAUGAUGAUAAGUCAAUGGAAGGGCGUCAACUUGAAGGCCAUUUUACUGGUGUACAAUCUCAAGCUCCAUUGUCCAAAAGUUUGUCAUCUGAUGUCAAGUUAGAGACUUCUAAACUUGAAAAACAGGAGAAGCCUACAAGUGGUAAAGGAGUGUCUGCACCUCGUAAACGGAAUUAUGAUCCUGACUUGUUCUUUAAAGUUAAUGGAAAGCUCUAUCAAAGGCUUGGUAAGAUAGGUAGUGGAGGAAGCAGUGAGGUCCACAAAGUGAUUUCGUCAGACUGUACAAUCUAUGCACUUAAGAAAAUCAAGCUUAAAGGCCGUGAUUAUGCUACUGCAUAUGGGUUCUGUCAGGAAAUUGAAUAUUUAAACAAGUUGAAGGGAAAGAAAAACAUUAUACAGCUAAUAGACUAUGAGGUGACAGAUAAAGCUUUGCUUCGAGCAGUCUUGAAUGGCUCCAUGAGCAAUAAAGAUAGCAGAGUCAAGGAUGAUGGAUAUAUAUACAUGGUACUAGAGUAUGGGGAAAUUGAUCUGGCUCAUAUGCUGUCCCAAAAAUGGAAGGAAAUGGAUGGCUCCAAUCAGACCAUAGAUGAGAACUGGCUUCGAUUUUAUUGGCAGCAAAUACUUGAAGCUGUGAACACCAUUCAUGAGGAACGUAUUGUGCACUCUGAUUUGAAGCCAGCUAAUUUUCUUCUUGUCAAAGGUUUUUUAAAGCUAAUCGAUUUUGGUAUUGCCAAAGCCAUAAAUAGUGAUACAACCAACAUCCAAAGAGAUUCACAGGUGGGUACCCUGAGCUACAUGUCACCUGAAGCAUUCAUGUGCAAUGAGAGUGAUGCAAAUGGAAACACAAUAAAAUGUGGUCGUCCAUCAGAUAUAUGGUCUCUCGGUUGCAUUCUUUACCAAAUGGUGUAUGGGAGGACACCCUUUUCAGAUUAUAAAACCUUCUGGACCAAGUUUAAAGUUAUCACAGAUCCUAACCAUGAAAUAACCUAUGAACCCGUUCCGAAUCCAUGGCUUCUUGAUCUUAUGAAGAAGUGUCUUGCCUGGGACCGCAAUGAAAGGUGGAGGAUUCCUCAGCUCCUUCAACAUCCUUUCCUUGUUCCCCCAAUACCGUUCCAACCAUCUUCAGCUCAAGACCAAAGCUAUAAACUGCUUCAACUUCUAGCCGAAUCUUGUGCCAAUGACCGCAAAGCUUUGAUAUUAUGCAGUCAGCUUAGUCAACUACUUGAGGACCCAGUCCUGCCGAAAGCAUCUCAGUUAUCAACAUCGAGAGAUCAACAAGCAAAGUUGCUCUCUGAAAUGUCUAAGCUUUGCCUUGAGCUCCAGAAACGUUUAUCUGAUCAAGGAAGAGAAUAGGUAGAGACAGAAGUGUAAAUUACUUGUUAAGAUUGUUUUAACGGGGCAAAGUCAUUUUCAAGGCUAUAAGGAAUGUCUCCUGAUCCUAGGUGUUUUGAUCCCUCACCAUGUAGCUAUGAGUAACACCUUUUCUGUUGUGCGUUUUUAAAUUUUGGAGUAUGAGCCGAAAAGAUAUUAUGCUCCAAUCAAUUUAAAAUAGAACUGGCUGCUGUUGUGCUUA